CCUUUGUUGCUUCUUCUCGAAAGCGUACAGGCCGCUCUUUGAAAAGCUAGUUAGAUAGCUAACUAGAAGAAAAUUGGACACUUCGAAAUGAAAACAUAAAACUUGAGCUGGUGACCUCACAAGGAAUUCCCCUCCUGCUCUGGUGGGAGGAAGAAGAUCCAGUGUUAUGAGAACUCAGAACCUGGGAUAACUUGUCUUGGUCUGAGACUCACAAAGCAGCACUUGCUAAAACUCCCAGUGGGAAGAGAGAUCUAGGAGACCUUUGAAUCCAUAUGAAAGGAAAGACACCUCACCCUAUUUUGGACCAAGACACAUUGUAACUCGUCAGAAUAGGAUCAUUAAGAAUCUGCUGGGACAAAAUGGAUCGAGAGAAGGGAAUGUUGAUGGAUGAAAUCGAAAAGGGUUUAUGGAAUUUAACCGAGGACAAUUUACGUUACCUUUGUGAACGUCAUGGACACGGUGGCAAAGAUGGCUUCGAAGUUAAAGGCAUGGAUCACCGCUCGUUGCGUCGUAAAAUCCUGGAGGAAAUGUGGGACAAUACGGAUUCAAUGAAAUCAGAGGAGCAGGGAAUAUCUUGGUUAGUCCAACUGAAGGAGGACAUCAGAAAGAUACAGGAGGAUGCUAGCAGUGCUGAUGAAGAUGAUGCUGUAGACUGUGACGAAGAAUGGAACGGAGAGGGCGGGGUUCAGUUACCUAGCAAUGGGUUGGAGGUGGAGCCCAUGAGUUCCAGCCAAUCUGAUGAUGAUGAUGGCGAUGUAGACUGUGAUGAAGAAAGGGACGAGGAGGUCAGGGAUUGGAUGGCUAGCGAUGGGCUGGAGGUGGAGUUGUCUCCAGAGAGACACACACCAGAGCAGAGAGUGAGAGGGGACAAGCCUCCCCGGCCCCCCUCCACCCUCUCGAAGUCCCCGGGUCGUGCGUCCCGCGGUAGCGCCCUACUGCGCUGUCUGAAGAAGAGGGUGUCUGUGCAGCUAGACGACAGCAAGACAACUCGCACAGGAGAGAAAUCUCACAGCUCGUCUAGUGCUAAACGAUGUACGAAAACUCUCCCAGGAGACAGGCCUAGCUCCCAUAUCUGUGAUCACUGUGGGAAGAAUUUAGGAAGUCAGAAAAGCCUGAAAAGCCACAUGCGCGUUCACACCGAAGACAAACCUCACGAGUGCUCCGAGUGUGGGGAGACGUUCCGUCUGUUAAGAAGCCUUAAAAAACAUCAGAAACUUCACACGGGUGAGGUUAGAGGGACGAAGAAAGUCAAAGUCCCGCAUCCGUGUCCUCACUGCGGGACGAUGCUAGCUUCGAAGAAAGAAUUAAAGGAUCAUCUGCGAAUCCGCCACACUGAAAAAACUCAGCUCUGCUCUGAAUGUGGCAAGAGAUUCUCUAGCACCUACGCCCUGAGGAAACACCAGAGACUACACACUGGGGAGCAGCUCCACCUCUGCCCUGACUGUGGGAAGACCUUCUAUACUCAGGCCCACUUGAUAUCUCACCAGAGGGUCCAUGCUGAACACAGGGAAAGGCCGCAUGUGUGUCCCGUCUGUGGGAGGGGCUUUACAGCAGCUUCGUCCUUGAAGUCACAUCAGAGUAUUCACACCGGAGAGAAACCUUACCUCUGCUCUGAAUGCGGGAAGAGUUUCAGAACAUUAGGACACUUCACAACACACCAGAAGCAGCAUGUAGAAGCAAAGCCAUCUUUCCCUUGCCCUGUUUGCAAUCAGUGUCUCUCAACAAAGCGCAACCUGCUAUUUCACCAGAGAAUGCACACGGGAGAGAAGCCUUACCACUGCACUCAGUGUGACCGGCGCUUUGUUAAUGAGCAGAAAUUGAAAAGUCAUCAGCGUGUACACACUGGAGAGAAGCCCUACCUUUGCUCCCAGUGUGGGAAAAGUUUUGCUCUUUCACAAAAUCUUAAAAAGCAUCUCAGGGUGCAUUCAGGUGAGAGGCGUUACAGAUGUACCUAUUGUGUAAAGAGUUUCAUUUCUUCAUCUGGUCUGAAAUCACACCUGCAAACACACACUGGAGUGAAACCCUGCCACUGCCCUGAAUGUGGGAAAGGUUUCUCAGAGAAGAGAGCUCUGAAGAAUCACAUGCUCACACACGGGAGAGAAACCGCUCCAACGUUCCAAUGUCUGUGAGAAUGUAACCCAGGAGAUACACACUGGGGUUGAAGAGCAUAAAUAACUGCCAUUAGACUGAGUCGCUCUGGAUAAGAGCGUCUGCUAAAUGACUAAAACAUUUUUAAAAUACAACUUAGAUAUAUUGUACACCGCUGCCUUCCCGACUCCCACGUGAUAGUUCAUUUGUCUUAUUUUCUCUGAAAAGGCUAACUAAGAAACUACCAUAACUAGUUAUUUGGUGUCUGGGUGUUCUGUUUAUGAGUUGUCUGCUUGCUUUGAACUGUUCUAUCUAGCCUGAAUCCAGAACCUGUUUUGUGCUAGUAUCUAUGUGUGUGUGUGUAUAUAUGUAUAUAUGACUCCCAUUUUGGCAUGUAUUUAACAGUGCAGUACCAAUGUGACCACUAAAAGGACACCACUUGCCUGUUUUUUAAAUGUUGUGACGUUGCUUCACUUGUCUUCUACUAUGGUGGGCUCGCGCUAUGGCAGUUUUAGAAGAAGUCUGCCAAGACAACUGUACAAAUCUGAACGAAGCAACUAGAUAAGUACAUUAUGACAUCUUAUUCCCGAGGUAACGGACACGCCUGCACCGAUCUGUCUCGUAUCUUUUGCAAAGAGUCAUGGGAUUGAUCAAAAGGACCCCGCCUACAAUGGGCUGUUAUAACGUUCAAAAUAAUACUGAAGUGAGGUAAAUUUCUUUGUCAAAACAGGCUGAAUUGAAGCGAAAUCAAUAUUUAUUUUUAGUUUUUUUUGUUGCUGAGGAUAUCUUAGUCGUUGUAAAUAAGAAUUUGUUCUUUACUGACUUGCCUAGUUAAAUCAAAAAUAUAUAUUUUUGGAUGACGUGAUAAUGUCAUUACUGCUCGCGGCACUCCCUGUGCACAUUGAGUGCUAGUGUGCAUGUGAGUUGGUCCCAAUGAAAAGGCUGCAACCCGGAGAUAUAUAGUGCGGCAGGUAACCUAGCGGUUAAGAGCAUUGGGCCAGUAACCGAAAGGUUGCUGGUUCGAAUCCCUGAGAAAAUUAGGUGAAAAAUCUGCCCUUGAGCAAGGCACUUAACCCUAAUUGCUCCUGUAAAUCGCUCUGGAUUAGAGCGUCUGCUAAAUGUUUUAAAAUGUUUUAUAUGGACCGUCCACAAGUCAGCGUUUUGCGAACGUGAGUAGGUUACGUUGAAAACAACAGUCUUCCAUUUUGAAUGCUGUCUCCAGUUAAUUUAUAGGCCGAGGCUAGGAAUAUAAAGUUUUCACCUCCGCCUCUGUCCCUCCCCUUUUUAGAAGCAUAUUUCUCAAAACUAAGGAUACAAAUCAUGUUUUGCGUAUGUGUUUAUUUUACACACACAUUGAAGUUUCUCUCUUUUAAUCUAUGCUUUACUCCCCCUCUUCUGAACCCUCGACCAAUGUGAUCGACAUGGUGCUGUAGCCUCUGUAUCUGCCUCAUAUAUUUCUGAACAGCUGGAAUAUAUAAACUCUGUGGCGAUUUUGAAAGAAUAUUCCCAAAAAUAUAUAUGUGAAGGCUAACUGUCUGUUGUGAGGGCGGAUAUUGCCUUGAAUAAGACGCAGUCUACACGCUGCAUUGGAGCAAAAACGAACAGCGUUUUGUGUGAUGAUGUCAUCUUCAUAGUUAAACUGCCAUAUAGCCAGAGUUCCUGAACACUAAAUGCGUCCUCCAUAAGCUAGCUAGCUACUGGCAACAUUUAUGUUAUCGCAAUAAAUGAGUUUGUACUAAUAAUAAUAUCCAUGAAUUAAAUGGCAGUUUAGAAGAAGUCUGAAGAAGCAACUAGCUACAUAUGUGUUUAUAUAUUUAUUUAAAGGUCUAGGCUCCAAUUCUUCUGAAUGAGUGUAUCUCUAUCCGCUUCUUGUAAUGUGUCAUUGCUUAAUAACUAAUGAAUGAUAUUUUAACAGACCCACGUUAUGUUCCCCGGGCGCUGAAGACGUCGAUUUAUGGCGGCCUCCCCGCACCGCUCUGAUUCAGAGGGGUUGGGUUAAAUGCAUUUCAGUUGAAGGUAUUCAGUUGUACAACUGACUAGGUGUCCCCCUUUCCUUUCCGUUUCCAUAGUAAUGGACCGACAGGUAACAUAAAGUGUUUUAAUUGGCUGUUGCAUUUCAGUUGAAGGUAUUCAGUUGUACAACUGACUAGGUAUCCCCCCUCUCCCCUGGACUGCCAGGAAUCAUCUUUUAGUUCUACAUCAAUACAUGCACAAUUCAUCAUGUAGAUUAUACUGUUCAUAGUGUAGUUUUUAGCUUACACUGUUCAUAGUGUAGUCAGUAGUUUUUAGCUUACACUGUCCAUAGUGUACAUACUGUAUGUGAAUUGUGUAAAUGCUGCGUGUAUAUCUAGUUUGUUGUCUGUCUGUAGCCUAUAUUCUGUUUGUUGUGUCAGCGCCAUAUCACCGAGUCGAAUUCCUGUACAUGCAAAUGUGUUUGGCGAAUAAAGGUGAUUCUCCGUUCCAUCUGUUGAUUGGAGGAGGAAGUUACAGAUGUUGACAUGAUGUCUCACACAGUUGUUCAUCUAAAGUUUCAUUCUGAUAUGUUUUUUUUUGUUGUUGUUUAAAAAUUAAACACGUGUUUUUCAAA